CAGAGGGGGCGGGUCGCGUCAGGCGCCACGUCCGCAGCCAGAGGCCGCCGCCGCCUCACACAGAGUCCUCGGGCUCCGCGCUGAGGAUCCCUGGGCUUGCGCCGCCGUCACCGGCUGUGUCACGGCCCCUGCCGGCCGCUCCGCCUCCGCCUUCCGUCCGGCUGCAGCCCCCGGCACCCGCCCGACCCCGCGGAGAUCAUGAGUCAGGCAGAUAAAAAUCAAGAAAUGCCAUCAUACCUUAGUGAUGACCCUCCAGAAGGGUCUAUGAAAGAUCACCCGCAGCAGCAGCCAGGCAUGUUGUCUCGUGUGACUGGAGGAAUUUUCAGUGUUACAAAGGGAGCUGUUGGUGCCACGAUUGGUGGUGUGGCUUGGAUUGGUGGAAAGAGUCUGGAGGUGACCAAAACAGCUGUUACAACUGUGCCUUCCAUGGGAAUAGGGCUGGUGAAAGGAGGCGUGUCUGCUGUGGCUGGAGGUGUUACAGCUGUUGGGUCUGCUGUUGUAAACAAAGUGCCCUUAACAGGAAAGAAGAAAGACAAGUCUGAUUAAAACAUGGAGAUACACUUGCUCUCGAUAGCACUAUGAUGCCAGUGGCAUUGAAUUGCUAAAUUACAGACUACAACCAAGUCAACUAUUUUGGACAUUUAUCUUCUAGACUGCUGUGUUGAAAGUAUUGAUGACUGGCUUUCAUUUAAAAAAAGAGACCAAUACUAGCACAGUGUCUGAAGUCGUCUCAUGCUUAAGUUCCAGCUUUUUAUCUGGUAAAACGUUACACUUACUGAGUUGUAACUGAAGAUAUGGUAUGCUUCAAUAUUUGCUAUGUCUUUUCAGUUUGACUAAAAAUGUGAACGUUCAAUUUAGUAGAUGAUCUUUACAGUUCCAUAUGUACAGUGUGCCAGGUAACUCAUAUGCCCUUACAAAGGGUAUCUUGAACUACAUAAACUGUACCUUUGAUGUGCCUAAUAGUUUCAGAUGUCUUAGUUUUUUAUAACUAUAAUGGUUUAGGCCAAGAGGCAUUCUUUUCUUAUUUAAGCUGGCAAAAGUAGCAGGAAUUCAAAAGUUUAAAAGAUACAUGAUUUUAUGAUACUGUUGUUUUUUGUUAGAUAUGCAUUCUCUUCAUUUAAUCAUUGAUGCCUUACAAAAGAAAACAUCUUUUCUAAUAUCUUAAAUAUGUGCAGUUCUUAGAAUAUCAGUGAAUUCUUUUAAAGGUUGUGAAAUUAGUUUUCCUUCUUAGAAUCUCAGGAGUCUUGAGGUAAAGGCAUUGCCUGCUGCCAGCAGCUACGACAGUGCUUGUUAACUGUUGUCAGUGGUUAAAAUCAAAUUGUCUGCUUUAGCCUGGGUUCACAUUCCCAUCAUUAGUACACCUCACAGUGCCUAUGGAACAUUGCUUAGCUGAUGAAAAGCUGUGUUGGGAGAGUUUCAUAUUAAGGAGGAACAAAUAGUAAUUUUUAAGAACUAUCUAAAGCAUCUACAAUAUAAAAAGAAUCCUUCAUGCCUAUUCGUCUUUUAGGAUAUCUUAAACUAUCAAUAGAGUAAUUCCUUUAAAAAUAUAAUAAAAAGAACCACAAAUAUAUGAGGACUGACUUUUGAAAUGAAUGAAAUGGGCUCCAUAUAUUAGUUUGGAAUAAAAAAAAUACAUAAGUACUUC